UGUUUUGCUGGCUCUCACUCGCUGGGGAUAAAAACACAGACGGAAGAAGAAGCGUCGACACCAACUGAUCCUGCUGCAGUUUGUCUGUGGAUCCACAGACCGUCAGUCCGUCUGCAGACAACAGGCUCCUGCGGUCUCUCUCUCUCUCGCUCUCUCUUUUAUAGAUAUAGAUAUAGAUAUAAAUAUAGUUAUAUAUCUUUUUACCGUGAGAACAGUGUGGAGCCGCCUGCUCGGGCUUUGACGCAGCGAUGCCUUCAGAGAAAACCUUCAAACAAAGAAGGACGUACGAACAGAGAGUAGAAGAUGUCCGACUGAUCCGGGAGCAGCACCCCAACAAGAUCCCUGUGAUCAUCGAGAGGUACAAAGGAGAGAAGCAGCUUCCCAUCCUGGACAAGACCAAGUUCCUGGUGCCGGACCACGUCAACAUGAGUGAACUCAUCAAGAUCAUCAGGAGGCGCCUCCAGCUGAACUCGAACCAGGCCUUCUUCCUGCUGGUGAACGGCCACAGCAUGGUGUCCGUGUCGGCCGCCAUCGCCGAGGUGUACGAGCGGGAGCGGGACCAAGAUGGCUUCCUGUACAUGGUGUACGCCUCCCAGGAGACCUUCGGCUCCGUCGCCGCCUCCCAGUGAACCGCCUCCCUCCUUCUUCCACCUGGCCGGCGAUUGGACAAUUGUAGUUUUUAGCCCCCCCCCCCCCCCCCCCCCCCGUGUCUGUUACUUACACGUUCAUAGUCUCGAGUGUAAGAUUUAAAAACACAAACGACUAAAUCUAACCACAGCGUCUGAUCCGUUCUGCAGAGAAACUGGUCGUUAACCUCGGCAGCGUUUGAGCCACACGGGUCGAACAGAGCAGGAGACUUAGAGGAGGCAUGUGACGCUGGUUCAGUUCCACACAAAAGGUUUAUUUGUGAAAGUUAAAGUCCUGCAGAGUUAGAAAGUCUGUGGUGAAGGAAGCUUUCCUCACACUGAAGCUCCGGGGGAAUCGUGAUGUCACUGUAAUGGGGUUAGGGUUAGGGUUAGUCCUGUAGUGUGAACCCGGCUUUAAAGAGACAGGAGCUAGAACCAGGUGUUUGAGACAGAGGCUGAAGAGAGGAGCUGCAGCGAGGAAAGUAAAACGUCGGACCUUUUUAAACCUUUUUCAAAUCAAACUUAAGAACCUGAACACGAGCAGAAUGUGUCUCCUUUAAGUCGAGCAACCCUCGAGUCCGACCUCUCAGUCUUUUACUGUCUCUCUGCUUCUGUGUCGUCUCCUCUGGUGACUCGUGUGCUGCCCGGCAGUUAUCUCCAGUGUUAUGGUUAUGUGUGUGUGUGUGUGUGUGCACAUAUUUAUGUUAAUGCACACUGUGGGGCGGGGGGGGGGGGGGGUACAUAGGUUUGACUUUUUAAAGUAGUGAUAUUAGAUGAAAUACAGAGGCCCCACCACUUGUCUACACAUGCGUUAGCCAAUGAACAAAGCUGGAGGUGUUGGGAGACGUGCGGCCGGGGGACAGGUUUCUGGAGUCACGCUGUUUUUAACGAAGCUUUUUAUCGCGGUGUUUGGAAUUCGUAGUCUUGAUUAGAGAGCUUUUUAUUUUGCCAGGGAGAAACCCCCUCGUUCGGCGAAGCUUCCCCGACGUGUGUCUCGUCACGUUCCCUCCAUGCUCCUGCUUCAGUGUUUUUACCCCCCCCCCCGGCCGUGUAGCCCGAGUUCUCAACGGUUUGAUCAGAAGCUGCUUUACUCUUGAAACAGAUGAUUGUCGUUUGCAAAUAUAAAAAAAAGGAUUGCCUGGGUGUGCAGAUGAUAAUAACUCUGGAUAUUAAACGGGUUCCGCUGCGAGUGUAACCAAGUUGAGUUUGGACCCACUACAAGGAGGAGCAUGUUCUGAUUGCAUGUGUGAAUGGAGGAAGAUGGUGUUUCUGUAAAUGCUGAUGAGGGGAGGGGAGGGGGGGGGUUCACAUCACAUCACGUUAUUGUUUCUUCACGUAAUGGAAGAUGUGAUCUAUGAAAGGAGGAAGGUCCUGAAACCCGGGCAGGUUGUUGAGCGUCGUGUCUGAGUGUCCACUGUCUCCUUCUGUCCCUUUGACCUACAGGGGGGACAUCGUCCUUCUGGUCCUUCCACUCGCCCAGUGGGUUGUUCAGGGCUUCACUCUUAAAGAAUACUUUUUAAAUAUCCUGUUGGUCUAUAGUUGAUUUCCUUCAGUGGGUUUCUGUGCUGUUGUGCUUCUCCUCCUCCUCCUCCGCCAUCUUUUUUUUUUUUUUUAAAGAAAUCUAAGAUUUAGCUGCUUUUAUAUCGCAGUAUUUUAUCGUUUUUCUUUUUUUAUUUAAUGUGAUUUUCAUGUCUUUGCUGUUUCCAGUUUCGUGGCGGUGACUUUUUCUUCCUGACAAGUGAAGGCCACCGAGUGUUUGUAACGGGGGGGCGGAGCCUGCUCCUCCGUUUCACGCACGUCCACGAACAGCAAUAUCACACAGCCUACUAUUGUGUAUUUAUGUUGGUAUUUUGUAAACAAUAAAAGACAGGAAAAAAAAUGA